GUGAAAUCAAUGUGCCGGAACAGAAAAGGGGUGGGGAAUUGUAGCAGCAGGCUGAUAAGGGCUCCUUGUAACCUAGCAACCAGCCAGGCCUGCCAUUACAGAGGGGAACUGCUUCAGCUGUGAGCGAUCUGCUCGAAUGUCUCAACUUCACUUCCUUCGGAAAAAGGGUUCGUUCUCCCGGCAAUGGCGGUCCAAUGCAUCUUAAUCUUGGCAGGACUUGCGUUUCAAUUUCUCUGUCAAACUCCUACAAUUCUGGGUGCCUCUUUGUUUCAUGAUGACUGCUGCAUGGAUGAACUGGAUGUGAAUGGAACCUGUCCAGUUAACACUCAGUGCAGACCAGGUUGUUAUCGGCAUCAGUUUGAGAAUGGCACCACAUGCCUCCAGUGCAAGUCUUUAAUACUGCUGUAUAAUGUGACAGAAUGCAGCAACAUGAACUCCAAUGAAACCUAUUUGUGGACAAAUACAAGCACUGCAGCACCACCACAACCCACAAUUGGUGGACCAGCAGUAGCAGCCUCUCUUCUCUUAGGAACGCUGUUUAUAAGUUUGUUUCUAAUCCUGUCGGUGGCUUCCUUUUUCUACCUCAAACGAUCCAGCAAACUUCCAGAUGUUUUCUACAGACGAAACAAAGCAUCUAUACUGCAACCCAGUGAAACAGCAGUGAUGAUUCCUACCCCAACAUCAUCAGUACGGAAGCCAAGAUAUGUAAGAAGGGAAAGACCUUCAGUCAUAUCUACUUCAGCUACAAUGUCAUCAGCCACAACCACAAGAGUGAGCAAUGUGUAAAGGUUUCAGCUGUAAAAACAUGUGACUUAAAGACAAAAAAGGAUGCUCAAAGGAGUGGUUUUCUUCAGUGCAUGAAGAUAAAGGUUUGGACAAAGACAGAGCGUAAUAGUUAUUCCAUCCAGUUUGUGCAAAAAUACUGUGGGCACCUAAGUAAGAAAAAAAAUGGGGAAGAGAUGUUAACAUGUAACAGUAUUUCAUUGUGAUUUGCAAUUCACUGCUACUUACUAGUCUUACUUCCCCAUUUAUAUUUGGCAGUGUGGAUCAGGUACAAGUGGAAAAUGUAUAUAGCUUUUGUUUGAUUAUUUUCAUGUCUUUAAUAAUGCACUCCUAGGUUUACUGAGCAGUGAAAAUGCACUAUUCGUCUACUUCUGUUUUCCUGACGAAAGCUCUUUUAAUUUUUUUUAAAUGAUUUAUUUAUCUAAAUGCUGUAACUGGUAGAAACCCUUGAGCGGGAGGGUGUUUUUUUUUUUUUUAGAAAUAAGUCACAUGCCAAAGAAUUCUAUUUUUUAUUGCCAGGAACUAAAUGGACUGCCAAGAAUAAUUUUGAACUUGGAUACGCUCUCAUAGAUGGCUUAGUUGCUCAGGCAAACUAAUUUAGUUUAGUUCAUAGUUGUUGAUCUAAAAAUCAUAUUUUAGUCCUGCAGUUGCCUGGUUAUGAAAUCCAUGUGGGUCUCUACCACGCAGUCGGUGUUUUGUUAAACGUCCAGGGCUGUAACCUUCACAAAGGACGCAAUCUAGAAACUGGUUAUACGUCAAUCACUACAGGACAACAUCAGAGCUUAAAAAAGAAAGUUGCAACUAAUGUUGGUCUAGAGUAGACUGAUAUUCAUUCAUCAAUCCUAUGCAGUGAAAUGAUGAAAAUAAGAUUAAACCGUAAUCUUCCUACAAGAAUGGCAAUCACAUGAAGAUGUAAAAGGCUCUACACUUGAAGAGUAAGUAGCGGGGUUCCGAAAAAUAUAGCGUAGUGCUGUUGUAAUAUGUUAUUUCCUUGUCAUACUCAAUGUGACAUGUCAAUCCAAUUGACUGCCUCUGUGUUAGGAAAUCUAGAAUGGUGUAUUGCCAAAUGUUUAUUCGAAGUAAAAUUAUUUUUAAAACCUUUGUGACAGUGUCAAAGUGGUUUGCACUUUCUGUACUUAUGCUUCAUCAUGUAUGUAUAUAAUCGUUUUAAAUGCAGUUUGCAAACAGUGUGCCAAUAUUUCUGUCUUAAUGUUUUUGAUUUUGUAUAGCAUAUGGCAUAUAAAAGCCCUAAUUUAUAAUUGAACAUAACGUUGUAUUAAAUAUUCUACAUGGACAACUAACGGCCUAACAAGAAAAUGCAUUUGCUAGAUCACAGUGGGGUCUGAUUUCGAUCCAAACGUUGAUCGUAAUAACCAUCUAAAUCUAUGGCCAAAAUUCUGCAAAAUGAUAUUGCAAAAGUCUACCGGAAGCCAUAAUAGUAAUACAAUAUUUCAUGUUAGAUUGUGAUA